GUUGGGGGUGGUGGUAAGACUGACAGGUGUUGGUUGCAACUUAUUAGACUUCGCCAGGCACAAGUUUACCUUGCUACUGUCACCUCCAAUAAGCAACCGUCGGAAGUCUCAAGACAGAAUUAAAACACACCAUUAAACCCAUUGAGUUCACUCCAAGACAUCGUCUCCUCAGCCCGGGCCGUGUAAGCCAAAGUUCCCGUUGGCCCCGACCUCUGUGUAUGCAACCACAUUAAUCACCGGCCAAUAAGAUAAGGUAGGCCUCCCCUAGCGGGCAUUUUUACACUUCCGACCAACAAACAUGGCCAACCAAAUACCAAUAACAUGACUUCUGACCUCCAAUUGAGGGGUCGAGGGACAAUCAUUGGAACUUGCCUGGCCAAGAGGUUGCGAGAAAGCCUACUCAAAGUGUCAUUCUAAGCCAUGCCGAGAGUAUGUGAGAUAAGGAGAAAACAACAACAGAGUAUAAAAUGAAACGCUUCCUCUGAGAGUUUCUUUGUAAAUGCACCCUCUUUCCAAUCCCAUUCGCAGCGUCAAGCUCAUGAGUGAUACUCAGUCACUUCCCCAGAUUCAGGACGAGCCUACGGAAUUAAGUUUCGUAGGCUCGGACAAUUCGCUCAGCCUGUCUCCAACGGACUUCGAGGCCUUGUGCACAGUGACAUACUCUCAGGAUGUGGAUCAGAGCCUCAUGGGCUCAUGGCCGCAGGACAUUGUUUCUCUUGGCCCUUUGAUGGAUCAAGAGGAUGUUCUUGGCUUGGCUAUGGACUCCGCACCUCCAGCUGUGGACGACUGCUCCGACUUUGACUUCGCAGCGCCGAUUAUCGGGAUGGAUUCGCAUCUCAGCAAUGUCGAAGCAGCUCAGUUCGACCUUUCAUCCUCGCCUGUAUCUCUUCUCGAUCUUCCUGAAUCCGCACAUGAGGUACUUCCAGGAUAUGUAUCGCUCUCCGGCUCCCCAGACCCCACAUCCACUCUGUAGAGUGCAGGUUCUGCAUACAGCCAGUCGAACGAUGCAAUCCUUGAUGCAUUCUCUCCUGUGGUUUUAGGAAGUGACGGAACUCAGAUACAAUCUUUUGGUCUCAUCGCGUCAGACUUUGUUUCUCCUCCUGCUGAGAUCUCAACAGAUAAUAGUUCAAGUUCGGAAACGAGCAGUAAGGAAAGGUUCGAAGAAGAUGCCGUGACUCGUCUGAAAAGUGACGAGUUUUCAAGAAAUGGAAUAUUUUUUUGCAACUGGCCCAAAUGCGAUAAGUCCUUCGACGAGAAUCGCAAGCGGAAGUGAGGCUUGUGAUCCCUUAAUUCUGUAUGCCCACGUUACUAACGAGAACUUAGCAACCAUCUUCGAACUCAUACCAGACCUGUUCACUGUUCCUGGCCUGGCUGUAACUAUACAGAUGCUUGGCAGAAGGAUAUGCGUCGUCACUACAAGACUCACCGCUCCCGGAAGACCUUCCAAUGUUUGUUAUGCAAUGAGUGGUUUACCAGGAAGUGCAACUUGAGUAGACAUGAGCGGGAGGCACAUCAUGGAAAGAAGAGGGAGAGGAAGCGCCGUAGCUAGCCGGUCCUUUUAAUAGCGUGUACCGAGAGUAAAUUUAAUUUUGUAUUCCUCCAUUGCUGGGUUCUUCCUAAAUAUCCAAUUUGUCAAUAGUAGUAGUUAACUAAAAUCUUAGAUAUAUGCUCUUGUCACUUCAAGCAUCUAAUCCUGCGCCUCCAUCCGACUCGUCAUCACUAUCCUCAUUCUCAUCGCUGAAUUCAUCUUCGUUCAUAUGUGCCAAUGAGGCAGAAUCUGUGCCGUCACUCCAUCCAUCACCGUUUCCCAAGACUUCGUCAGCCUCAACCUCGCCAAGGCUUGCAGAGUUCAUAGCCUCGGUGAUAUUCGUCACAGAGUCUGGCUGCCAUGGGGUAGGCCGUUGCCGAGUUUCGAUCUGCUUUUCAACUGCUGUACUCAGCUCACUACUAAGCAUUCCCAAGACUCGACGCUGAUGCGCCCAGUGCUCAUUCUCCCGUCCGCCUGGCAACUCGAUAGGUCUCCAGUUCAGGUACGCUUUCUGAUGAGACUCGGGCUCCUCGAGCCUUCCAGGGUGGUACUUAAAGUAGAAUUUGCAGCAUAGACAUGAAAGCUUGCUGCACGCUAUGUAGCGAUCGUUACCGACGAAGCUUCGUUCGUUGCGAUGGAAUUCUUCUAGUACCUGAAUCUCGGAGUGCACACGUGCUUGGCCCUUAUCCUCGUCGUACAUGGAUCUGAUGGCCUCUUCCAGUUUUAGUGGCCCAUCUAAUCGAGCGAGAUAGUUCUGCAUAUCCUCAAGACGGGGAUCCCUAGGCUGUAGUAUCCUUUUUAGGAUCGAGUUGAGGUUCCUAAGCCCAUCCGCUGGCGGAACAAUUGCUGGGAUAGGGGCCUGAAUUUUCUUGAUUUGAUAAGAGUUGAAAAGUGGUCCUAGCAUGAGAAAAUCUUCAAUCAGGAGUGCUGGUAUGCGGAUUCUCUCGGCAAGACGGCCUAUCAAAUGUCUGACUGCCUUGAUAUUCAUUGCAGUUUCUCGAGGUGCAACACCAAGCUCUCUACUCAGAGACCCAAGGCUCGACAUCUGAAGAUCAUGUCGAGAAUCGUAAGCAGUUUUACAAAGGGCUAGAGUGUCGGUAUUAGUGGCAGAGAAUCGAGGUAGCCACUCUAGGAGGGAUCUUCUUUC